AUGGUUUCACUCAGAUCUGUUUUACUUUCCACCCUCGGAAUGCUGGUGACCUCAGCAUCAGCAGGCUCUGGCUGCCGUUGUGGCUCCUCUGAUUUCCUCACGUUCCCGCGUGUAAAUCUUACUACGGAGCAAGUCAUGCCCUGUGCGGCCUACAAGUUGAUCGAUGCCCGUGGUACCGGGGAGCCGCAAGGGGUUUCUAUGAUGUUCCAAACAUCUAUCCAACGAGCCUUGGCCAAUAGUACUGCGGCAUUGAGCCAUUCGGUCAUAUAUCCCGCAGGUUAUGACCAGAAUGUCACAGCUGGUGUCAAGAAUAUUCUGAAUGUUAUUCAAUACGGUGUUCAAGAAUGUCCCGGACAAAAGUACUUCUUGUUUGGUUAUUCGCAGGGCGCGACUGUUAUCCUAGAAGCCCUCAGCCAACUCGACGAACCAUCUGCAGCCGCUGUGGCCUCCGUGGUGGUGGUUGGCAAUCCAUACCGCCUGCCAGGAAAACUCUCCAAUGUCGACAGCAUAGGACGUCCCGACAACCGCACCGCACUCGGUCUUUUUGCAGUUCAAGCGCAGCAAUCGAAUGCCACUGCUCCGGUGUUCAGCGAUGCUUUGGACCGUAGUGGUAAAGUCGCUGAUAUCUGCUUGGAGAAUGAUAUUGUCUGUGCCUUCGAUCCCCAAUGCACGUGCCAGCUCGCUAGCGACCACUUGUCCUACGGACUAAUGCAGUCGGUCCAGGAUGUGAUCUUUGAACACGUCGUUUCGCGGUUCUAA